AUGGGUCAUGAUAAUAUCGCGAAGUUCGAGAGUCUAACUCGUAAAGCUACACAGAGCUCCAUCAGGUUGGCUCUGUCUCCAUCCCCGGCCGAGCCAAUCCAUCAGCAACCGCGGCGAAGGCGGAAACCAUCGAAGGAUCAAGCUCGUAAGAUCCGACGAUCAGACUCGCUAUACAUCGGACAGAGGACACCUGUUCUGUCCAAAACGGACACGCUCAAGCUCGGACUCAACUACUUUCUCCUUCUGUCUGAUUUCUUCAUGAACAGCCUCUCGUUCUUAACCAUCGCCGCCUUGAAAUCUUCUCAAAACGGAGUCGUGUUGGUCAGAAAAUCCGCCGGGACUCAGCAGCAGCAGCCAUUUCUUAUACAUAAGGGAGGAACAGGAGAUAAGUUGAGGAUUCGUGUGUCCGAAGAGUUCAUGUCGGAGUUGAUGAUGGAAGGGAGAAAAAACAGAGAACAAGCAGUGGAAGAGGAAGAAAAAGGAAAAAGAGAGUUUGUACGAUGA